CGUAUCUCCUUUCUCGGUUUCUUCUUCUACGUUGAGGCCGACUUGGAGGGAAGUCGUGAAGGAGGAAUAUAAAAAAUAGGAGGAGAGCUGAAACAGCAACGACCCACAGAAAGCUGCCUCAGGAGCAGUGAAGUGUCUUCAUGGCAGUUCGUCGAGGACACAAUAAGUACAUGAAAGCCCACCUGGCCGACCUGCAGGAGGUGUUUGACAUGUCGAACGGUUACGAAGACCACAUGGGAGGGGACGAGGGGAAGGACGCCAAGACCAACCUGAUAGUGAACUACCUGCCCCAGAGCAUGACGCAGGACGAGCUGCGGAGCCUUUUCAGCAGCAUCGGGGAGGUGGAGUCUGCCAAGCUGGUACGAGACAAAGUCGCAGGCCACAGUUUAGGGUACGGAUUUGUUAACUAUCUUAACCCUAGUGAUGCAGACAGAGCUAUCAGUACUCUGAAUGGACUAAGGCUACAGUCCAAAACUAUCAAGGUUUCAUAUGCACGGCCCAGCUCGGACACAAUAAAGGAUGCCAACCUGUAUAUCAGCGGCCUGCCCAAGUCCAUGACCCAGAAGGAUGUUGAGGACAUGUUUUCACGUUAUGGUCACAUUAUUAAUUCCCGUGUACUUGUUGAUCAGGGUACAGGUACGACAGGUGAAUGGCUUCCUUGCUUUUUUUACAAAAAAAAAAACAAAAACAAAGAAAAAAGAAUUCGCACAUACAUGAGCCAACAGAGCACACCCGUGUUCCUCGGUGGUUACGCUGAUCCGAUACAGAGCAGGCGGUCACCGUCUUCUCUCUCGUCCUUAGGUGUGUCCCGCGGGGUGGCUUUCAUCCGCUACGACAAGCGCGCCGAGGCAGAGGAGGCGGUGAAAAACCUGAACGGCCAGAAGCCGCCGGGAGCCGCUGAGCCGAUCACGGUUAAGUUCGCCGCCAACCCGAACCAAGUGAAGAACACGCAGCUCAUCUCGCAGCUCUAUCACAACCAGUCGCGGCGCUUCGGAGGACCCCUGCACCACCAGGCUCAACGGUUUAGGUUUUCUCCCAUGGGCGUCGAUCACAUGAGCAGCAUGGGAAGCGUCAGCGUCCCCGGGAGCUCCACCUCCGGCUGGUGCAUCUUCGUCUACAACCUGGGCCAGGACGCCGACGAGAGCAUCCUGUGGCAGAUGUUCGGCCCCUUCGGCGCCGUCACCAACGUCAAGGUGAUCCGAGACUUCAACACCAACAAGUGCAAGGGCUUCGGGUUCGUUACCAUGACGAACUACGAGGAGGCGGCCAUGGCGAUCGCCAGCCUCAACGGCUACCGGCUGGGAGACAAGAUACUGCAAGUGUCCUUUAAGACCAGCAAGGGCCACAAGUAGAGAGAAAGCGGGACAAUCGGGUGUAGAAGAGAGCGGGAAGUAACUGUUGCCAGGGUUUUGUUGCAGAAAGUUUAAAAAAAAAAAAAAAGUUCUGGCACACCAAUUUUGAAUUUUAGCAUAUUCAGAAUUAAACGCGAGGUUCACGCUUCUGCACCUUUGUCUAAAAGAGUAUUAGUUUCCCCCCCUCAUUGUUAUACUCUUGUGUGGGGCUUGAAGAAACUCGGUUUAAAAACAUUUUUUGGAGUCGAUGGAGAAGUCAAAAUCCCAACUUUCUCCGCAAGAUUUUGAAAACGAUCACAAAAGCUAAAAAAAAAUUUACAGUCUGUAUGUGUUGCAUGUUUAACUGUGGGGACUAGUCAGAGGAAAACAAAUGGUUCUUAGCAGUGCACUGAGAAUACAGAGCACAAGAGUAGCCCUACAAGUUGUUCUCCCAGCGUCGACAUUUUAGUGGAUAAUUUAUUGUGUAAAGAGUGGGAAGAACAAUGUGGUCGCUUCAUUUUGGCAAAGCCUAUUCUCUGUCCCAGGUCCUCGUCAUGAGUAGAAAUAGAUGCCUUAAAUUAUCAUCCGGCGGACGCAGAUCCUUUCAAUACCACUCGAGUCAAUCUAAGAGCAAAGCACUUUUAACCAAUCUGUUUUAGGUUGCUAUAAAUAUCAGUCUUUUCAAUGUUAAUUUGUGACUUCUGCUCAGCCUCCGACAAUGUUUAACAAACGCUACGAGCUCCGGAGGGAUUUCUUUUUGUUGUUCUUUUUCUUUUUUUUAUCGUUAUCCCUGUGUAAAGUGUCUUUUUUUUUUUUUUUUUUUUUUUUUUUUAUUAUUAUUAACUUGUAUUUCAGGUGAGUCCUGUUAAAAAUAUAUAUACCCUGGUCAGUGAGUAAGGAUUUAAGAUGGACCAAAGGCAGGGAGAGAUUUCAUCCGAUAAACCCAGUUAUUUUUUUCUUUUCUUUCGGAGAACAUUUUAACUAGGUAAAUUUACACCUUUUUUUUUUUUUUUUUUGGUUUUUGAAGAGGUACUGAAGUUAUAUCUAAUGCUGACUGAGAGCAUGGUGACUUUGGCAGUUUGCCAGUUGUUUUCUUUCUUUUUGAUUUCAUUUUUAUUUUAUUUGUUUCUUGUAGAGGCGUAGAAAAUUCCUUUUCUUUUCAGUAUAAUUUACAAACUUGUUUUAAGAAGUGAUUAUCUCAAGUUUGGAGAGAAGUUAAUGGCCUUUGAUAUUGAUUUCAGUUUAUUUGCUUUCCUUUUUUUGUUUCUUUUGUUUUGGUUGUUUCACUUUUGAACAUAAACCAUUAAAUUUAAUUUCGUUUUGCUGAACGUUUUGUUUGGUUUGUUUCUUUUCCUUUUCUUAAAUUUUACAUUUUAAUUUGAGUUUUGUUCUGUUACUAUUUUAAUUUGAUUUCUACGAGUAGGAAAUCUGCUGCAGUGCCGAUAAAAGGCAAAAACGUGUCUCCGUCGGAGGCUUUUGAAAGACUAAAAAUGGACCAACGUAGGCUGAGAUGGGAGGGGAGUUGAGCAUCAAGGAGACAUUUCUAUAAAACGUUUUAUUUCUGAGACGGCUGAAAACACUUAAAGCCACCAGAGAGCAACAAAAUCAAGUAUUAGCUGUGACAUCUCGUUCCGGUGUGCUCCUAGGGCGACGUACGUGUCAACUGUCAGCAGCUUUUUUCCGCCCAUAUAGUUCUCUUUAAGCCACAUUUAUUGCGCGUCAAUGUUUUAUAUUUUCACGUAUGACCAAUGACUAUACACUUACAAAUUUAAGCUUUUAGACCCACUACUCCCACUACUCUGAUCUUUGAGGACACACACACACACACUUCGGUAGAAAACAUCUCUGGCAACAUAUCACAACUCAUUUAUCUAUAUUGUGAUGACUGAGAUCCUGCUUUGUUGUCUAAGGUGGAGCAUUGGUACUGUAAUUGAUAAUAUAUAUAUAUAGUUGAACAGAGGUGAGAACAGGAGUUUUUUUGUUUUUUUUGGGGAGGGGGGGUGGACAGGAAUGACUUCUUUUUUUAUUUUCAUUCAUCGUUUACGCCCCCCGCUUCGUUACAUGCUUCCCGUUACUACAGAUUUUGGUCUUAAAAGUGCAUUUCAGUUUCCGUGUUUUAUAUUUUUGUGUCACAAUCCUUAACCUUGUGCAAUAUUUCACAACCUGCUCAAAGCAGGCAGUAGAAAAUGUCAUCUUUUUAUAUAUAUGUAUACACAUGUGUGUGUGUGUAUAUAUAUGUAUAUUGCUUUUUUUUCUACUGACAUAUGUUACUGCUUUGUUGUUGUUUUUUUUUCCUCAGCAGUCCAGUUGAAGUUGCAUGAAAAGAUGCAAGUGUUUUAAGGGCAGUCGGAAGAAACUGCAUUCCGCCUUAAUUUAUAAGUGGGAACGGUGUAUUUGUACAUCAGAGGAGGCACAGGUAUUAUUUAUUUGACAGUGUAUGCGCUCAUACUUGAUUCUUAUUGGAGUGUUUUUAAUGGUUAUUGAAUUGUUUUCUUGGUUCUGAACACUAAGCUGAAGUCCAUUAAAUGUCUUCUAACGUUGGAUCAUUUCAAUAAAAACAUGGUGGCUUUUCAGAAGUUCAAAAAGUUCAA